AUUUCGCUAAAGCAUCCGUUCUUCCGCUGUUUGAAGACGGUAACAGUGAUAAAGUAGCUUUAUUAUUAUUAUUAUUAUUAUUAUUAUUUAUAUUUAUUUAUUUUAUUAUGGAGUCAGUAUUAAUGAUUCCUUAAAUAUCCGAUAAGAUAUGUUAUAUGAUAGUGUUUGCCCAUAAAAAGGAUUAUCAUGGCGAGGAUUGGAGAGAUCAUUCAUUUAAACGUCGGGGGCAAAAGGUUCAGUACCUCCAGACAGACUCUGACAUGGGUUCCUGAUUCAUUCUUCUCAAGUUUAUUAAGUGGACGGAUAUCAACUCUAAAAGAUGAGACAGGAGCGAUAUUUAUAGACAGAGAUCCAUCUCUCUUUGCUCCCAUUUUGAAUUUCUUGCGCACUAAAGAGCUACACCCAAGGUCCAUAGAUGUUCACCUAUUAAUGCACGAGGCAGAGUUCUAUGGAAUCACACCGCUGGUGCGAAAGCUACAGUUGUGUGAUGAGUUGGAUCGGUCCUCCUGUGGGAACGUCUUGUUCAAUGGCUACCUGCCACCACCAGUGUACCCAGUGAAGCGGAGAAACAGGCACAGUGUGGCAGGACCCCAGUUCAUGGGUGGGCGUGCAGAGCCUGUGGAGAGAGCCCCCGUCAGGAGGAGUAACACCAUGCCACCUAACCUGGGCAAUGCUGGCAUCCUGGGAAAAGCUGCCAUGGAGGAAAGAGUGCCAGGUCAGGUCUCUGAUCCUGGCAUGGUCAGAAUCAUAUGUGGUCAUCAUAACUGGAUUGCUGUGGCCUAUGCCCAGUUUGUAGUGUGUUACAGGGUUAAGGAGUCUACUGGAUGGCAACAGGUCUUUACAAGCCCACGUCUAGACUGGGUGAUUGACAGAGUGGCUCUCAAUGCUAAAGUAAUGGCUGGUUCACUUGGAGACAAUGAUAAGAUGGUUGCUGUGGCAUCAGGCACUGAGAUAAUUUUAUGGGCUAUCUGUCCUGAUGGCAAUGGCAAUGAAAUUGGUGUGUUCAGUCUGAAUGUGCCGGUGGAGGCUUUGUUCUUUGUAGGAAAUCAGCUCAUUGCGACCAGCCACACGGGCAAAGUUGGAGUAUGGAACGCUGUCACCAAACACUGGCAGAACCAGGAUGUGGUUCCCAUCAACAGUUAUGACACAGCCGGCUCUUUCCUCAUUCUGGGCUGCAAUAAUGGAUCUAUUUACUACAUAGAUGUCCAAAAGUUUCCAUUGCGGAUGAAGGAUAAUGAUUUGUUGGUGACAGAGCUGUAUCGAGACCCCAGUGAAGAUGCUAUUACUGCUCUAAGUGUCUACUUGACGCCCAAAACAAGUGACAGUGGGAACUGGAUUGAGAUAGCUUAUGGCACUAGUUCAGGCACAGUGCGUGUGAUAGUGCAGCAUCCAGAGACUGUGGGUUCUGGUCCACAACUCUUCCAGACCUUUUCUGUUCACCGCAGCCCUGUUACCAAGAUCAUGCUGUCUGAGAAACAUCUUAUAUCUGUGUGUGCAGACAACAAUCAUGUUCGUACUUGGACGGUGACGCGUUUCCGAGGCAUGAUCUCCACCCAGCCUGGCUCCACCCCCCUAACUUCCUUUAAGAUCCUCUCAUUGGACGAUACUGAUGGUCAUGGAGGCUGUUCUGCCGGCACAGAUAUAGGUCCGUAUGGGGAGAGAGAUGAGCAGCAGGUGUUUAUCCAGCGUGUGGUCCCUGACACUGACAAACUUUACGUACGACUUUCCUCCAAUGGGAAAAGGGUGUGCGAGGUGAGAUCAGUGGAUGGGACCCCCAUCACAUCAUUUGUGGUGCAUGAAUGUGAGGGAUCCAGCCGUAUUGGUUCUAGGCCCCGCCGGUACCUCUUCAGUGGUCAUAGCAAUGGCAGCAUCCAAAUGUGGGACCUUACAACUGCAAUGGAAAUUGCAGGGAAAGUGGAUAUCAAAGCUCUUGGUGGCCCCACUGAAGAGGAGCUUCUGGAGCUGUUGGACCAGUGUGAUCUGGCUCUGACCCGAACGCCAGACAUGAGUCCCGCUGCCUCGCUCACACAUUCCUCUCGCAACUCUACCUGCAGUCUGCAGUCCCAGUUGAAUGAGAGCAAUCGUGCUGGAGGUGGUUUCCGGGGUCCAAUUCAUCUUAACAGCAGUCUUCCUCGCCAGGCCCCUUUAUUACCUCUCAGCAAACCUCGCGAGCUUCCGUCCCACCUCUGCCUUAGCCAGUCCUCUCUAGCCAGUAGUACCAGCGUCAACAACAGCCCGCACCCCAGCCGGGCCCUUCUUGACCGUGAGAAGGACCGGGAUGGCCUUGGAGCCAUCCGAAGAGGCAGCUUUGUGGAGCGCUGUCAGGAGAGAGCCAAGUGCUCAGACGCAGGCGGCCUGGAUGCGGGGAGGAGGAGUUUAGCUGUGUGCAGUGAGCUUGAAGCACGACUCGGCCUCAGAAUGCCACCAUCAUUCUCUGCCCUGCCAGCAGUCUGCUUGUCAACACCGUCAUCAUCUUCAUCAUCAUCACUAAGAAGACCAAGCCCUGUUCCUUCACCCCUAAGUCCGGCAAAAUCACAAACGGCUGUCUCUCCAAGACGACCCCUCAAUUCUCCGACCAGCGAGAGCCCGUCCAAUGAGAAUGUGUCUGGCCACGAAAGCCCCGCCUCUCCACCUUCCACCAGCCCCAAACCUCAUAUGAAUGAAACCAGCUUCUGAUGAGCUUUUUUAGAAAUUCAGCAAGAAAACAAUUUGUUUUGUUCUAGACAGCCAACACUGAUUUAUUCGUUUUUGUGAAUAAGAGACCUGAAGGCUGCAUUUUGUGCAUUCAAUGUAAGGCUGAUUUUUUAAGUCAGAACAGCUUAUAUUGCUUAUUCUUGCACUUGAGGAAUGUCUUCCACUGGUCAAAAGGACCAAUUUCUUCUUUUACUACAGUACUCUCAGUAUUGCAGAGUGCCUUACUGAUUUUGAAUAUUGAAAAUUAAGUCAUUAUGAGAAUAUGAUCUACUGCAUGUAAAUGACAAAUGAAUUCACAUUGUAUGCCAUAAGACACUUUAUUGUCAUUGUAU